AUGACAAGGUACUUAAAGUUCGGGCCAGAGCAAUCCUACACUGCCGACUUAAAAAAAAUUGAGCUUCUAUGCAAAGCUUCAAAGUUAAAAAAUUACAAAGUCACCCAGGCGGUAUUCAACAAGUUGAAGAAAUUUAAUCCAGAUGCGCUAUUGCCAAAAACUGAAGUUCAUAAUGGCCCUGAAACAUUAAGACGUGGUAAGCGACGAGCCGCGGAAGAUAUUAAGAUGAAUGGUUAUCUGCGCGAUCCUGCUCGUUAUUAUUACCCCUCAUUAGAGGAGAUACAAAAUUCCAUCGAUCUGGUAAAUAAUGACGAGCACCCUGAAGUUCAUGAGUACGAUCCCAGCGGAGAUAGGAUUAUUCCAUCAGUUGCUGUACCAUGUCAAUUGCAAAAAGCAAAAGUAUUGUAA